CAUGCCGCUCUCUUUGCCUGGUGAGGACACAGUGAGGAGGUGGCCGUCUGCAAGCCAGGGAGAGAGCUCUCACCAGAAUCCAACCACUCUGCCACCCUGCCUCAGAUUUCCAGUCUCCAGAACUGUUGACAUGAUGAAAGAAGCAUUAGAAAAACUUCAGCUCAAUCUAGUAGAGAUGAAAGAUGAAAACGCAACCUUAGAUGGAGGAGAUGUCUUAUUCACAGGCAGAGAAUUUUUUGUGGGCCUUUCCAAAAGGACAAAUCAACGAGGUGCUGAAAUCUUGGCUGAUACUUUUAAGGACUAUGCGGUCUCCACAGUCCCGGUGGCCGAUGCUUUGCACUUGAAGAGUUUCUGCAGCAUGGCUGGGCCUAACCUAAUCGCGAUUGGAUCCAGUGAGUCUGCGCAGAAGGCCCUAAAGAUCAUGCAACAGAUGAGUGACCACCGCUAUGACAAACUCACCGUGCCUGAUGACAUGGCUGCGAACUGUAUAUACCUAAAUAUCCCAAACAAAGGCCACGUCUUGCUACACCGAACCCCAGAAGAGUAUCCAGAAAGUGCAAAGGUUUAUGAGAAGCUGAAGGACUAUAUGCUGAUCCCCGUGAGCCACUCUGAACUGGAAAAGGUGGACGGGCUGCUCACAUGCUGCUCGGUUUUAAUUAACAAGAAGGUAGACUCCUGAGUUGCAGUCCCCCCCUUGUAGCCGGCAGCGCUGCACUCACAAGGCCGGUAGCUGUACCACUCCUGUCGUGUUCGUUGACAAUCUACUGUGCCACUGUGCUACUAACUCUGGUUUACGGAAGUCUGAUUCCAUGUUUGCUUCGCUCUGCACCCUCCUCUCCCUCCCCGUGCGGUGGUACCUAAGCUGUGGGUUUUGCUAAAUGAAUUAAGCAAUCUAGAAAACAUAGAGCUAACGAAUUAUUGAACUGUGAUUAAUAAUAGUAAAGAAACACUCAUUUUAGUGUUUGUAUUACCGGUGUGAAAUAUAUAUAUGCUGUUUAGUUGCCAAUCUAUGCUAAAGAGCGUCUUCUUGAUCAGUCAGAUAGGCUGGGUUGUUCUGUUUUGUUUUGUUUUUUCUCUGUAUCAUUAAUCAUCUUUGAUUCCUAUAAAAUUCCCUGGUCCCUGGAUCCUCCCCCUUUCCUUCUUUUUUUUUUUUCCUCAUCUAAACUCUGGAAAUUUUGUUUCUAGUUAUAUUCCUUUGCCUUUCCCACUUCUGUUACCUUCAGUAAAAUCCAUGGUCUUGCCUUCUGGAUAACUUCCUACAGGACUCCCCCCUCCUCCCCCAAAUCUGCCACAUCCGUCUCCUCUGGUUCGUGGCUACAUACUUGGCCACCACCUCCAUUCUCCCCAGGAAAGGCAGACAGGUCCCUCAGCAGAAUUGUGACCAAAAUCAGAGUGGCUGUGUGGGGAAGAGUUAACUACACAGAGGCAUAUCCUGACGGGGUUUGCCCCGGAUAACCAAAUUCCAGAAGAAGUAAGGCACCGCACCUAGGAAGGUAAAUUCACCUCCAGAAGGUUGCUAAGGGAUCAUAGAUCAAAAGCUUGAAAACACCAUAUCGGUACAACGGCUUAGAAAGUAUUUAAGUCAAAAUUUCAUGAAUUUUUGCUUUAUCACUAGCCAUUUAUAGACCUUGAAGUAUAGUUUUAUUUAUUCCAUCAGCUCAUUUCUGUUCCCCCCCCCAUCGUGACUCACCCUAUUUCCAGCCUUCUAUCCCCUGCAGUUAUCCUGGUCUAGCGAAGUUAUUUCUUUCAGAAGAGGCAUUGCAUCUAAAAGUGAUUAUUGAUGGUCUAGUGGGAGUCAGAUGGAGCAUGUACAGGAAGUGAUCCGCUUGGUGCUUGAAACCACAGACCAUGGACAAUUCUGCUUUGAAAUACCUAUGAUUAUGUACUGUGGAAUUCAGUUAACACUUCUUUCCUCUCGAGCUUUUAAAUUACACAGCCUAUAACUGAUGCCAAUCUCUUGCAGAGAACAAUGCCGCAGUGAAGGGAGAGAUCAUUGUCCUUUACCUAAAUCUGAAGGAAUCAGCCUCUUAGCCGGCCAAGGAAAGGUACUUUCCAAGGAAUGGUGCCUAAUCCAGGCAUGUCAUCAAACUUCCCAGUCAUCUCCACCUUUCCUGUAUUGCCUAUAGCUUGUUGUUCAAGACUAACAAUCAGGGGGAUGAAGAAAUAUGAUUCCAAGUCUUGCUUUGCCUCCCUAUGUAUUUCUAGCCAAUCAUAUCUUAGGUUUAGUGACCAAAUGGAAGUGAUAAGCCUCUGAGAAAACCAAGACAUCUUUAACUACUAUCUUUAUCAUUUAUUUGAUGAUCUCAUGCUAGAAUUUGAAGAAUUCCUUUCCCCUCCUUGUUGCUUAACUUUAAAUUCAUUUCACAUGCAGAUAUCUUAAUUAUAGCAUCCCAUGAAUGAACCGGAUAUCAUGGUCACUGUCAUAUUUGGAAUUGUCUCAUCAUGGGUGAAUAACUUUUUACCAGAGAGAAAAUGAAUGUUACCCACAUGCUCAAGUUAAUAAGGAAAAAUUGUCCUCCACAAUUAUGGCCCUGAGCUGGCAAAAUGAGAACUUCUCCCUGAAAGAGUUCAGCAUCUCAGAAACAACCUCAGGAAAAUUAACCCAGUGAGCCAUGUUUGGCUCUACUAGUAAAGCUAAGCAGCAUAUAAUUUUUAAUAUCUUCACUUCUGUCACCCCCAACUGAAGAACUGUGUUAUAGUCAAUUGCAGGUGGAUAGAUUUUUCUUCUGAACAACCUGUUCUGCAGAAGGCUGUUUUCCACCUUUCCUUUCCUUUGCUUCUUUCCCUCUUUGCCCCUUUGUCUCAAGGAAUCACUUAGAGUCUGUGUGCCUCUUCUACAGAAUCUUAUUCAUUGCUCUGUCACUGACAGGCUGUCUUCUUUGGACUCCCUGUGUGAUAUGAUGGUGUGAAAACCCCAAAUAUCUGCAGCAGUGUAGUAAUAUUUUUUUAAUGUUCUUGUCAGCAUAAUGUUCUCUUUUCGGAGGAAAGAGAACCUGUUACACAGGUUCCCCUUUGGUCCGUUGUGAUUUAUAAGGAUAAAUAAACUAACAGAAACUGCUCUUUGGCAUUGUGAAGACGUUAGGAAUUGUAUUAAAGUAAGGAAAAGUUGAGUCAGAAUUACUUAAUCAGUUCAAUCUAAUAGGGGCAAUAUAGAGAAAGUACAUUAUUUAGCAUUAUCUCUUCAACUCUGAUGAAUUGCUCUAGAAAGCAGGCAGAUCUCUAGUGUGUAUUGAUUGCUCUUUAAGCUGCUGUGAACGGAUUACUCAGGCUAUCUCUUCAUCUCUAAGGGGGAAAUAGUCUGUAGAUGAAUAAUGUGACUUACAUAGAGUUGCAUGUUAGUCUUUGUAAUUAUUUAAUCUUUAACAUUCUACAGAACUCAGACAUAAUUUCAACAUGGUGUUAGAUUUGUGCAUUUUGUUUUGCUGACCGUUACAUUCCAGCCAAUGUAUGGUUAUCCACUCUGUGUGCCAAAACCAGUAAUGCCUUUCACGGCUCUUUAGUCCAGAGAAGUUCUGCACUGAUUUUAGUCUCCUGUUGUCCUGAUCCUACAAGUAUACCACUCACGAUGGAAUAAAGUGUGAAUUGUACUGUGA